AUGGAGCUGCUGGGUCUGUUGCUACGUCUCGCGGCAGCGCUGCUCCUGGUGGCCGUGCUGCUCGCACUUCGAGUCUGGCACGUGGUCGUGCCUCAGCGCGUCAAGGCGAGCGUGGCCAGCUACUCGAAGCCGCUGAAUGCCAAGGCUGCUGAGCGUCAGAUCCGUGUCAUGGCGGUGCUGGGCUCCGGGGGCCACACUACGGAGCUGCUGAAGCUCAUGAAGAGGCUCAAGAGGGAGGUCUACACGCCCAUCACGUUCGUGGUGGCCGAGACCGACAAGACCAGCCAGGCCAAGACCGAACUGGACUGGAAGCCGACGGAGACCGACUCGUUCGCCAUCAUCCCGCGCAGUCGAGAGGUUGGACAGUCGUGGUCGUCUACGGUGUGGACUACGCUGCGGUCGUUCCAGUCGUGUCUCGGUUUAGUCUACAAUCGGCGUCCGCAGUUGGUGCUGUGCAAUGGACCUGGCACUUGCAUCCCGAUCUGUGCGGCGGUGCUGCUGUUCCGCGUUUUGGGCAUUCAGAGCGACUCAAAGAUUGUGUUUUGCGAGAGCUUCGCUCGCGUGCAGCACUUGUCGCUCACUGGCAAGCUGCUCUACUACGUGGCCGACGAGUUCGUUGUGCAGUGGCCCCAGCUGCAAGCCAAGUACCCGCGCACGAAGCACCUGGGCGUCAUUUGCUAG